AGUUAUUUUAUUUAUACCAUCCCAUACUCUCUCAUAGACAUACUCAUCAGAGAGUCAUAUAGAGAGAGGAAAUCAAAAGACCAAAAAUGUCUCCCAAGUACGAUGUCUUCUUAAGUUUUAGAGGGAUCGACACUCGCGCCAACUUCGUAAGCUUUCUCUACAAAGAACUGGAACGAAGGGGCAUCCAAACUUUCAAAGACGACAAGGAGCUCCAGGAUGGGCAGAGGAUUUCUCCGGAGCUCCAGCGCGCCAUCGAGGAGUCAAGAUUCGCCGUCGUUGUGGUCUCCGUCCACUACGCUGCGUCUUCUUGGUGUCUCGACGAGCUCGUCAAGAUUAUGGAUUUCGUGAAAAACGGUUCCAUCACCGUGAUGCCCAUCUUCUACGGCGUGGAUCCGUUUCAUGUCAGGAGGCAGAUCGGAGACGUCGCUGAACAGUUCAAGAAGCACGAGGCUAGAGAAAAAGAUCCCGAGAAAGUGCUUUCAUGGAGGCAAGCAUUAAAGGAUUUGGCUAAUAUCUCCGGCCAGUGUUCAUCGAAAUGGAGCAAUGACUCGAAGCUGGUGGACGCAACUGUUGACACGAUAUCAGAAAAGCUGAUGAUUUUUACAAGAUUAAGCAAUGGGGGGAAGAUAGUGGGGAUUGAGAGACACAUGAAGAAACUUAACCGGUUAAUGGAUUUGAAUUUUAAGAAACCUGUGAGAGUAAUUGGGAUUUGGGCAAGUGGAGGAAGAAACGGUAGAUCGACUCUAGCUAAGCAUGUUUAUCAGACAUGGUGUAAAGACUUUGAAACCCACUGUUACUUGGGAAACGUGAAAAGGAUUUUCAAGGGUCGCCACUUAGCGCAUCUACACGACGAGUUUCUGGAAAAGAUUGAAGGAGCAUACUUGACGAGCAGAGGAAGUCUCAAGAGACAAAAGGUUCUGCUAGUGGCAGACGACGUCUAUAAGGUUGAACAGUUAGAUGCCUUGGCAGAGGAUUUCACCGAUUUUGGUCCGGGGAGUGUUGUUGUCAUCACUACACAAGACAAGCAGCUGUUGAUUUCUUAUGGUAUAAAGGAUGUCUACGAAGUAGAGGAUUUGAGAUGCGAGAAACUUUGUGACCUCAGAACAUUUGCCUUUAAAAAGAGGAGAGACAUCUUUGCUGCAUUCGAGUCGGCUUUGUAUGAAGCAAAGGAUUUUGUCACGGAAUGUUUUGGUUGUCCAAGUGGUACAUCUGGUGUUUAUGAGAAAUUGUUGAAAUAAUUUUUGGAUCUUACUGCUACUAAGCCGCAGGUUAACUCUUCACAAUUAGAGAGACCGGCUCUUUUCCUAUCCGGCAAGAGGAUUCAUCGCUAUCCCUUGCUCUUUGAAUUUUAUUUUUGGUUGUAAUGUUUUUAUUUUUGGGUCUUUUCCUUUUGGGUUUAUGUUUUGUUUAUGAGUUCAUUUAAGUUGUAUUUUUUUUUUGCUAUUAAUAAGUUGGUAUCAAUCUUUAAUAUUUAAACUAAAAACAUAUGAAAAAAAAUUGUUUAAA